AUGAGUGCUAGAGCCCCUUCUAGAGCCUAUGAUAUGAUCAUGAAGUUGUUGUUGGUGGGAGAUUCCGGAGUCGGAAAAUCGUGUUUGUUGCUUCGUUUCGUGGAGGAUAAGUUUAAUCCUUCGUUUAUCACCACCAUUGGAAUUGAUUUUAAAAUCCGGACGAUUGAAAGUAAGGGUAAAAAGAUCAAGUUGCAAGUUUGGGACACUGCUGGUCAAGAAAGAUUCCGGACCAUCACCACGGCUUACUACCGUGGAGCCAUGGGCAUUGUUUUGAUUUACGAUGUGACAGAUCUGCGCUCGUUUGAGAAUGUAGAGACCUGGUACCAGACUGUGACCCAGCAUGCCAAUGAAGAUGCCCAGAUUUUCCUUGUGGGAAACAAGUGUGACGACGAUAGUAGCAGACAGGUGAGUACCGAGGAGGGCCAGCAGUUGGCAGCCAAGCUCAAUGUGCCAUUUUUGGAAGCCAGUGCCAAGAGUAACCACAAUGUGGAUUCGAUUUUCUACGAGUUGGCUGGGUUGAUCCAGGAAAAACAUGGAGACAAUGAUGCUGGAACCGGGCCCUCUGGCAUUGAUGUGUCGCAGGGCAGCAAUACUGGGUUCAAGAACAACUGUUGUUAA